UCUGUUAUUUUUGUUUGCCAUCAGUGAAGCAUGACUACAGGCCUUUUUUGCUUUGCUUCUUCAUUUCCGCGUCAAAAAUGGGCAAUUGUUGGUUUGUCGCGCUGUGGCUACUUUUCUGGCUACCAAUUAACGCUUUCGCCACAGUUGGCAACGCUCUUGGCUACGUUUUGGUAUUUUUUGGCUACUUUUUCCCCCAAGAACCUGGCAACCCGGAGCAGCGGGCUGGCAAGGCUGGUAGCAUGGCUGGUAGCGGGAGGGAAGCGCAAAUGUGUAGCGUUGGGUUUUACGUAGCUUUUAUAGCUUCAGUACAUAUUCGAAGGCGUUAAUUGCAGAACGCUUAUUGGUUCUGUGACAGCUUACGAGUGCGCUUUCACUUCGUCCAGAGAAAUGGGCGUGAAACUACUUACCGCACCUUGAUUCGGGAUAAUGUAACCAUUGUAUUUCGAGGCUAUUCCCACUUCUCUCUUCUGAGCUGUGCUUGGCUGAAGUUACCAGCCGCGGUGUCUCUACUUUUCUUUGUUCGUGAGGACAUAGCAUCAAAGAAGAAGAGGAGGAAAUCGUGUAGAAAUGGCAACACAAUCAAAGGAUUCUGAACAGUUUGUACAACACCCAGCGUUGCUGGCUCGUAAUGCUGGCGAACUUAAAGAAAGAGCCUCCAGCUCUUCACCAACCACCUUGGUUUUGUUGCUUGUGGUGCCGAUAGUGCUAGUGUUCUUCGCAGACUUUGCCUUUGCUGUUGCCAUGAAAUCAUCAGAGGCCCAAGCUGGACAAAGAGCAGCUGUAAAGACCACUGACACCAGCUCAAAUGGAGAGAGUGCUUCUGGUGGUUCCGGUCCUGAUGCUACAGUAAAGGACAAGAGAAAGACCCCGAUGAACCAAAAAUCAACGGCAAAAGGUCUUACUGCUCAGAAAAAGCAUGAUUUACUGUCAAGGAAGUUUGCCACAAGAAGGAAGACAUGGAGUACAGGCGGCACCAAGGCACCGGCUGAGAGCGCCGACCUUAGUGUCUCUGCGCUGCGACAUUGGUGGGUGCUACAGAGCCCCCCGUCCAGCCGUAACGGCAAAACGUAUGCAUCAAACAGGUCAAAGCAGAAAGUCAAACAAAAGCUGUGCAUCAAGUGGCCAUCAGCAAAGAAGCACUUUUAACCCCAGAACAACCGAAGUGAUGCACAUGGAACCUUGACUGGGACAGGAGACAGCGAUGAGCGAGCCAGAGGAAACCAUACCGGAAGUGUAGUUUUCCACUCAACACUUGCAUAAAAGUUUACUGAAAUUGA